AUGGCUAACAGCGACACGCUUGAUACUGCAUCAACCCCGUUUGACCAACAUAACAUUGCUUAUAGGAAUAGGAUGAAGAGAAAACAUGAAGAUAGCCUAAAUAUGGAAAUGGGAAUGAAUGCGUUCAUGUCGGAAAUGAGAAAUCUAUUUGAAGUACAAAACAAUAAAAUUCAAUCACUACAAGAAUCAUUAAAUACCAACUCCGCUAAACACAAGGAAGUCAUAGAGGACAUGCACGCAAUUAUAAGUGAGAUCAAAUCACAAAACAUAUUGCUUAAAAAAUCUACUGAUUCAAUUGAAAAGUGCGUGGAUAAUUUAUCUACUAAACUAGAUGAUGUAUCAAUUAAAGUAAGCACACUUGAAGAGAAUUGUUCUGCAAACGACAAGCAAAUAAGUCUUAUUGAGAGUAAAAUUGAAGAACUAGACAGACAAGCCUCUCUUACGCUAUUAGAAAUUCGGAAUGUACCUACGAAACCUAAAGAAAACCUUGAUGACCUGUUGAAAAUAGCAAUAGACACAGCCAAAACUGCCAACGUUGAAAUAAGCAAUAAAGACAUCAAAGACAUUCGGCGCCUUCCUGGUAAACCAGAGGCGAACAAACCAAUCGUCGUCAAUCUUAAUUCUGCCAUAGACAAGAAAAACUUAAUAAAAGGAAUAAAGGCUUUUAACUCAAGUAAUAAAAACGACAAAUUUAAUUCAACUCAUCUUGGCCUUGAAGGGCCCUCUAAGGCGGUAUAUGUUGGAGAGCAUUUGACAGCCAAAGCAAAAAGAUUAUUUUAUCUCUCACGUGAAUAUGCAAAAUCCAAAGACUACAAAUACUGCUGGACAUCGAGCGGAAGAGUGUUUCUCAGAAAAGAUGACAAUGCACCAUACAUAUUAAUCGCUAAUGAGAAACAAUUGGAAGAUAUCAAUAAUUUAGCACCCAAUUCCAAAUGA